AUGGAUACAAUUAGUACAAUCUUCAAUAAUUAUCACAAAGAUUAUCCAGAAACAUUAAUGUUGAUAUUAAAUUAAAUGAAACAUAAUCAAGGAAAUACUAUCUUAUGGAAAAAGUAAUUUAAUUUUGAUCCUCAAUCAUUAGGUUUUGAAUAACAUCACAUCAGCAAUUAUCUAAAAACUAUUAUUUUUUUUUCUAAUUUCAAUUAAGAAUAUUAUGUUAAAUAAAUUUAUGAUAAUGUUUGUCUCUAAUUCAAUUAAUAAAAUUUUAAUAUUCUCCAGAAUGAAUAAACUAGUGGAAACACCGGCCUUUAAACUAUUUACAAUCUUUAUUAUCAACAGAUAAAACAAGUUGGAAACAAUAUCCUUAAUUAUUUUUCAGAAGAUAAUGAUCAUGGCAAAUUAGAAAAGUAUCUUAAAAAAUUAGAGGGAUUUGGUAUUUACUAAAAAUAAGAAAAAUUUGAUAGGUAAGAAGAAAUUAAGGAAAUAUUGGGAAAUGAUUAUGAUUUACUAAAACAAUACAAUCCGAACAACAUAAUCAGAAAUUUACAAAUCACAAAAGAAAAAAAUCCGAUUAUUUUUGGUCUUAUGAAACUUUAUUUCGAAAAUUUAAUAAAAUAAUUUACUGAAUAAUAAGAUAAUUAAUACAAUGAUAUUCUCGGCCAGUAUUAAAAAGUUGUUUUUCAAAAAUAAAAUUAUUCUCCAAUUCCCUCUAAUAAUUUGGGAAUAGAUAAUUGGAAAAUUAGUUUUGAUUAUUUUUGUGAUGAUGAUAAGUCAUUGGUUAAUAAAAUUAAAUUCUUUUGUUUUGAUGCACUUGAUAAAAUAAAAAAUUAAGAAAAGAAAUUAAUAGUUAGUUGUUAAUCUUGUAAUGUUUGUAUUGUGAUUGAUGUUGUAAAAAAGAAUAAUAAAUUUUUCUUUUAAUUACCAGAUAAAAAAAAUAAAGAAAAAAAGAUAUUUUAGGUUAAUAUCGAUUAAUUGGGUGUGGAAGAUACAAUUGAUAAUUUUUUAUUAAUUGUUAAUUACAUUCAAAUAGAAAUAAAUUAUUUUUGUCAUUAAGAUAAGAUUCAACUCAGAAAUAAAAACGAUAUUUUUGGUAAAAUAGAGAUUGAAUUAUUACAAGAAUUACAAUCUGAAUUGCGAACUAUUUCAGGUGAAUUGUUAUUAGGUUAAGAAUAUCUUUAAAUAAAAAUUUUUGAUAAAAUUUAUGAUAUUGUGAUGUUAGAUGGAAAACCAUAUCACAAAGGUUAAUUAUUAUUGGACAUUUACUAUGAAGUUACAAGAGAUUAUUUACAUGAAAGUAUUGUGAGAUAUUACAAUAAAAAUAAGGAAAGUUUAACCAAUGAAGAUCUGAAAAAUAUUGAAAAACUCACAGAAAAGAAAAUAUUUUUAUUUAAAAUUAAUGAUGAGAUGAUACAUUUUGAUUAUUAAAAAUAUUUGACAUAAUUUCCCGAACUCAAAAUACAAAAAUUAAAUUAAUUCCAAAGUAAAAUGGAAAGAUUAGAAUCAAUAGUUAAAAUAGACAAAGAAUCAAUUAAAAAUAAUUUUAUGUUAAAUUUAAAAUUAAAUUCCAUCUAAAAAAAAUUUGAUAUUUUGACCAAUAAUUAAAUUCAUAAAAUUGUAGAAGACAUUCAAUUUAUCAAUAUUUAUUUUUAUGAAAUUUCGGGUGAAACAAGAAAUUUAAUGGUAAAUCGUCUUCUCAAUCUUUAAAGUAAUGAGAUUAUUUGUUUUAGUUAAUUUUUUAAAUCAACUAAUUUAACUUCUAUUAUUGGAGAGAGCGAUGAAUCUUCAAUGAAUUAUGUUUCACAAUGUAUUUAUUUUUAUUUUUGUAAUUGGUUGCUUGAAAAUAAAGUAAAUAAUAACGCGGUGCCAAAUGAUCCCAAUUUAAAUUCUACGAUAGCUAAUUUAAUAAAAGAACAUAUGCUUAUUAUUAAAAAUUUUGAUAAUCUUCGUGAAUAAUCUUUAUUAUUUUUCGAUUAAGAUUUGAUAUUUUAUUUUAACAAAAUAAAGAAUGAAGAUAUUAAAGAAAAAAUAAAGAAACUAUUUGAUCAACACAAUAUUACAAUAAAUAAAUUAUCUAAUAAUUAUUAGGGUUUGAGAAUUUUAGUACAACGUUUAUCAAUAACUUAUGAAAUGAAUGAAAUAUUAAAAUUUUUACAAAAUUUACUUAUUUCUGAAAAAUAUGAUUAAUUAAAUUAAAUUUUUGAUGAUCUUUUUUCUCUUUCGUUAACAUUGUUAUUUUAUUUUAACAGGGAAAGUGCGGAACAAUAAAUUUCAAUUGAUAUUCUGAAAUAAUAAGUAACAUAAUUUGAAAUGAAAAAUAGUAGUUUUUUUUUGGGAAUGUUUUUCAUUAUUUAUCACAUUUUAGGGGAAAUUAAAUAAAAAACAGAAAAAUACUAUAACGAAAAAUAAGAAUAAUUUAAAAAUAUUUCUGAUAAUUAGUUAAACUUGGAUUAGUUAAAACAAUUGGAAUAAGAAACAACUGAUUUAAUUACCAAAUCAAAACCAAUCGAAGAUGAUAUUUAUAGUUUAUUUUUGGAUAGAGAAGAAAAGCCGGUUGUCAGAAUCAAUAAUUUACCACCAGAAUUCAAAGAUCCAAAUGGAUUUGAAAUUAGAAUAACAAAACAAUAUGAUUAACUUUAUGUUGAUCCAGAAGAACAUCGAAUUGGAUUAUCUUUGAAUAAAAUACAGAUGGAUGAAAUCUCAAAUUGUAUUUUGAAAACAUUCAGAACCACGGAAUAAAAAAUAGAAUAAGAUGAUGAACAUGGAAAAGAGAACGAAUUAAAAAAACAAUUAAAAACAACGAAGAUUUUAGAAUGGAAUUUAAAACUGUGGAGUAUGACCAUCGGCUUGUUUGACCAGGUUAAUAAAAAUAUCAAUGAUUCCGAUGAUAUUACUAUUCAUUGUUUUGCACCAUUUAAUUUUGUUGAUACAAAAAAUUAAGAACUGAAUAUUAUUUUAUUAGAAAAGAAAAAUACUGAACUGUUGUGUAGAUUAAUAAAUGAUGAUAAUAUUGAAUUUCAACAAAGUUUAUUUAUUAGAUUUGUAACAGAAAAUACAAAAAAUACAGAAAAUACAGGAAAUAGUUUCGAUUGUUCAGAAGAAAAUAAGAAAAAGAUAUUUUGGUUUUUGUAAAAAUAUUAAUUUUUUAAUGUUGUUUCUAGAAACCUCAAAAGAAAAAACGAUGAUCUGAAAUUAUUCUUUUAAAAAAUUGCUGAUAAAUUUGAAUAAAAUAAUAUCACAAUAAGUUCCAGAUCUUCAUUCUUUGAUUAAUUUUAUGAUAUUCAACCAAAGAAAAAAUGGGAAGAUAGUGAUUAUUUUUUAAUUUUAAUAUUUAUGUUGAUAAAAAAAGAAAAUUAAGAAAAAGCAACAAUAAGAGAAUUUGAAUAAUUUGAUCAAAGUUGGAUCCAUUGGUUGAUUGAUAAUAUCGAUUUCUUAACAUAAUGA